AUGAACAAUGUCAUUGUAGAAAAAACAGUUCAUAGAACAUCCUGUCCAGGGUUAGAUUUACAUUUCUGGCGUAAAGUUUGUCGAGCCUGUCAUUGUAGCAAAGAUGUACACGAUGUACAGGAUGAUGAUCUGUCUGGGUGGGCCCAGUUUGAGCUGUUGGGAACUGCAAAACCUAAAAAGGCUUCCCUGCCUCUUAUAAAAAUUCGUGGAGUCACCGAUAAGCCUGUUAAGCUUGAUUGGGUACCACCUAACGCUUCCACUGAAUUGGUAUCCGAGUACAUGUCGUGCCUGGGCCCGCUCGCGCCGGUUUCCGGCUCGGAGGCGGCCCGCAAGCGGCGCGCGCAGCUCCGCACGCAGCUGCCGCCGCACGACGUGGCGCCCGCCGCGCGGCACCAUGCUACGGACCAGGAGAAGUCGGAGCAUACGGAGUACAUCUCUCGUAUCAAGGACCAUGUCGUGGGUAUGGGUAAUGUUGUGAGAGUGGGACCACUACAAAGUGCUGAAAUAUGUUCAGUCGAAAAUAGCAAAGUUCACACUGCACCCAAGUCUUACGCGCUACCAUUGAAGAUAUCGAAUAUAUCUCGUGGCGUUAAAUACAACAUAGUACCUAAGAAUGCUUCUGAUAAAAAACUCGUUUUGGACUCUCAGGGUAAUAUAGUCAGCAGUGCUGCUAAUUUACCAGAUUAUAAAUCCAGCCCCAUUUUGAGCCGCAUUGUUAAAGACAAGCUUCAUGUUAUGAGAAUCGAGUCCGAUCGCAUCAAAAGUGCAGUAGAACAUGGCCCAGUAUACGACAAACUCUUAAAGAAUUUGACUGACCUCAACAUGCCGGUCACUAACGAUGUCUACUUACAACCAAUUAAAUUGUUCCGUGACGAGUAUAACAAGAACCCCCAGUUCAAAGAAGAGGUCAACGAGUUUGCAUCAAAGGCUUUGGGGAGUCAAAUUAUACCAGAUCUUUUGAAUGUCACUAACAAUAACGUUAUGGGCACUGCUAAACUACUCGAUAGCAGAUUACAGAAGGGAACCAUUUUUGCGCCAAAUGGAGAAAUAUGGAGCUGGAAGCAAGAACCUGUAACUCCAGAACAUAGUGGCACUAUAUGUUCCACUAAGAUUAGUCCCCAAUAUUCAACCACGACUAAGCCACCUAAUCAAGUAGAACCUCAGCAAACUGCUCCUUUGAGAGAGUAUCUGAGGACCCAUUCAGAGGAGGAUCUACCUCCUCCACCGCUUCCUAAUUACAAUACACACCCAGGAAACUUAACACCUCAAACAUUCCAUGACAAUUCCCAAAUUUCUGACAUUCCCGUACUAGUGAGUAACUAUGCUGAACAGCUUGAUCCUAUUCUCACUCAAUUUGCUGAUAUGACUCUUAGUCCAGCUGAAUUGGAGUUCAAUAGAAAACUCUAUAAUGAAGGAGUGCCGUGUCAGCGUUGCCAGAAGCCAAUGUUUGCGGGUGAAGUCGCUGUGAAGGCUGAAAGAGCUGGACAGGAGGCCAUAUGGCAUCCCCAAUGCUUCACUUGCUGUAAAUGUGGUGAGCUGUUAGCCGACCUUGUGUACUUCUAUUAUAAAGGGGAAAUAUAUUGUGCCAGAGAUUUGGCCAAUGUCCUCGAAAUACCACGCUGUGCUGGAUGCGAUGAGUUGAUUUUUACUAGACCUUACACAGCCGCAGAAGGCAGAGCAUUCCAUGUGCAGCAUUUUUGUUGUUAUCACUGUGAUGCACCUCUCGGUGGAAAAAAAUAUGUGCCAGACGACAAAACUGGUCUACCAAUUUGUUUAUCGUGUUAUGACCAAUUUUAUGCAGAACGCUGCAGAGCUUGUGGUGGUGUGAUAGGCCCUGAACAGCAAGGUGUGUCGUGGGGUAAUAUGCAUUGGCACGCUAACUGCUUCAUAUGUUCAGGCAGGAUGUGCGGUAAAAGUUUAUUGAGUGGCCGUUUUGUUGUUAAACAAGAAAUGCCUUUUUGCAGUGUGCCUUGUGUACAGAGUAGAAUUAAGUGAAAUAUUAGUAUUAUUCAUAUAUUAUCAAAGACGUAACAUAAAGAAGUAUUAAAUUUUGAAACAUAUAUUUUUAUUCUGGCAAAAUUUAUAUAUGCAUGACAUUUUAUAAUAUUUAUAACUUAAUUAUCGCUUUUAAAUUGUUUCCUUUUUAACAGUUGUUUAUUAUGUAUAUCAAUUAUACCAGUUAGAAUUGCGUUGGUGCAAAAAAUUUUUUUUGUCCAAAUACGUGAAUGUUGCUCUAGCAAAAUAGUGAUUUUUUGGUAAGUAUUUAUAAUAAUUGAAACAUCAGUGACAGUAGUUAAUCUAUAUUGCGUGUUCAUUUCAAUUGUUAACAUAAAUAACUUUCAUGAGAACUAUUUAAGAAACAAAUUAUAUCUAAGUAGCUACAUCUUACAAUAAUAAUUAUACCUAAUCGUAUAAAAUGAAAAUAAUUAAUGGAUCAUUUACAUUUUCUUGCGAAAAGCGAACACGCUUGUCUAAGCAGUACACUAGAUUCGUAUAUUCGUGUCAAAAGCGGUUUUUCGAAUACGAAUCAAAGGGCACGAAAGGUGCUCAUGAACUUACUGUACAAAUUAAAUAAAAAUGUAUGAACAGUGGUCCUCGACGAUUUUCAUGUAUUGUCAUGUAUUGUUAAUACACUAUUACUGUUAAAUAGGAAAUAAUUGAACUGCCAGAUUUUAUUCUAGAAUUUAGUAUUUAUUUAUAUUCAGAGGACUGAAUAGUGAUUUUUCUAUGCAUUUAGUAUGUAAGUGUAAGGGACCAUAAUUCUUAAUCAUAAUUGAAUUAACAAUGAAAAAAAAAUAUAUAUAUAUAAACAAAUAUUAAACUUUAUAAUAGGUAUAAUGAUAAAAAGAAAAAGA